AUGGGUUUGAGAGAUGUUGGAUUUAUUGGCCUCGGUGCCAUGGGAGGUGGUGUAGCCAUCAACCUUGCAAGAGAGGGUUACAAUGUCAAGGGCUUUGAUCUGGCACAACCGCUGGUCGAUGCUCUGGUCAAGGAAGGCGGCAAGGCAGCAAAGACACAACAGGAGACGGCAACAGAUGUCGACUACCUGUGCAUCAUGGUCGCCAACCACUUCCAGACCAGCUCAGCCCUCUUCGAUGGCGACAACCCGGCGAUCAAGGGACUCGGCAAGAACAGGACUGUCAUUUUGCUCUCAACAACUCCUCCUUCGUACCUGCACGAGCUGAGGCAAAAGCUGGACGACGCUGGAAGAUCAGAUGUCAAGCUUCUUGAUUGUCCUGUCUCAGGAGGUACGAUCCGUGCCGCCAACGGUACUCUGUCCAUCUUCGCUGCUGGCAACGAGGAGGAUGUCGAGGCAUCCAAGGAAAUCCUCGACACCAUGUCUGGCAACCUCUACCGCAUCCAAGGCGGCAUCAGCAGCGGCACAAAAGUCAAGACCAUCCACCAACUUCUCGCUGCAACAAACAUCAUCCUCGCCUCGGAAGCCAUGGGUCUUGCCGCAACUGUCGGUCUCAACACUGAGAAAGUCUACGAGCACGUCAAGGCCAACGACGGCACCUCCUUCAUGUUCGAGAAUCGCGCGCCACACAUGCUUCAAGAUGACUGGUCGCCUCUAUCAGCACUAGGCAUCAUUCUCAAGGAUGCCGGAAUUGUUACCGCAACUGCUCGCUCAGGCUACUUCCCUACCCCCCUCGCAGACUGCGCCGAGCAAUGCUACCUCCAAGGUCUUCAGGCAGGUCUGCUCAAGGACGACGAUGCAAAGUUGGUCACCAUGUACAUCCAAUCAUCAUCACCUUCGCUCGUCAAGGAAAAGGCUACCGCAGACGUCAAGAUGCAUUCGAACCACCAAGUCUCCGCCGACACCGUCAACGACCUUCUCGCAGGUGUUCACCUCGCUGCCAGUGUAGAGGCAAUGGCCUUCUGCAAGCACCUUGGCAUGGACCGCAAGCUCAUGUGCGAGAUCAUCUCAAAGGCUGCCGGCUGGUGUGAUAUGUACACCAAGCACAUUCCCGCCAUGUUGGAGAAGGACGACUGGAGUCUGGCAUCUUGCGCUGCCGCCGAGGAUGUAAGAAAGAGACUGGAGACUGCUGUUGAAAAGGCCAGACUGCUGAGAUACCCCGUCCCCAUGGCUUCGGCCGCUCUGAACCUGUUCUACUUUGCCGGUCUCAGAGGUUAG